UCUCUCUCUCUCUCUCUCUCUCUCUCUCUCUCCAUCCUUUCGUCUUUUCACUCAAGUUUGCUCCCUGGUGACCGGGUCGCGCGUCUGAUGCGUCACGGAUUCCCUCGCCUUUCUCUCUCUUUCUCUUCCCGAGUGCAUCAUCCGGUGCGCGACGCUUACUUUCCACGUACGUGCGGCGACGGCGGGACGGAUGCGAGAGAGCGCACAGGAAUGGAAUGCGACUGUCGGCGAGACGACGUGGUUUGCGUGAGAGAAUCGCAUCGGAGGGUUUCAGAAUAGUUAAAUUAACGUGAUCGUGCGGUCGAUCACAAACGAACCAAAGAAGUGCAGUGAGCAACCAUACCAAAUCGAUACCAAAAGAAGAAGUUUAGCUCGUGCGUGGGAGGAGAGAGGACAGAAGGUUGUGGAAGGGAGGACUUUUGCGAGAUGACGCGACGUGGACGGGGUUAGAGUUCUGUUUGAAACAACAAAGAAAAUAAAAAAGAAAGAAAGGAGAAAGAGAGAGACCACGGGGUGGUGUGUGCAUCGGGGGGGGUGUGUGUGUGUAAAAGAACAAAAAUCGACGGUUCACGGUGACGAGUGAAAGUAGAGCGGGAAAGCAGCCGGGCAAGAUGAUGAAGAAGGAGAAACCGAUGAUGUUGGUGACGGACAUCAUCCAAGGGACUCAGGCCCAGCAUUGGGCGCGUGGCAACACCUGGCUGAGUUUAGAUAACAGCAAUAUGUCGAUGUCGUCAGUGGGCCCGCAGAGUCCUCUCGACAUGAAGCCCGACACGGCGCUUAUCAAUCCGGGGAACUUCAGUCCGUCGGGUCCUAACAGUCCUGGAUCCUUCAAUGCUGGUUGUCACAGCAACCUCCUGAGUACAUCGCCCAGUGGCCAGAGCAAAACGGUCACGUCUUAUCCGCCUAAUCACCCGCUGUCGGGCAGCAAACACCUGUGUUCGAUAUGCGGUGAUCGAGCUAGUGGCAAACAUUAUGGCGUUUACAGCUGUGAGGGAUGCAAGGGAUUCUUCAAGAGGACUGUGCGUAAGGAUCUGACAUAUGCCUGUCGCGAGGAAAAGUCCUGCACCAUCGACAAGCGACAGAGAAAUCGCUGUCAGUACUGCCGAUACCAGAAGUGCUUGGCCAUGGGGAUGAAGAGAGAGGCAGUGCAGGAGGAACGUCAACGCACCAAGGAACGGGAUCAGAGCGAGGUUGAGAGCACGAGCAGUCUGCACGCGGACAUGCCGAUCGAGCGCAUCCUCGAGGCUGAAAAACGGGUCGAUUGCAAGCUGGAGGAAAUAAAUUUCACAGCACUCGCAGUAAAUAUACGCGCGGUAAAUAUUCACCCCGUAUCAUGGUGUGAAUGUGAUCAGAUCGUUUGGAAAGAUCAGGAAAAAAUGAACAAAUGUGAAGAAUGUUAUAAAAAGAACUGUUUGACGCACAUUUGCCACACAACGGUCGAACAACUAUUGCAGCUAGUUUCUUGGGCGAGGCACAUCCCGCAUUUUACCUCGUUGCCUCUAGAAGAUCAAGUGUGUCUUCUUAAAAAUGGCUGGAAUGAGUUGCUGAUAGCCGCCUUCUCCCAUCGUUCCAUGGAUGUGAAGGAUAAGGAUAGUAUUGUUCUCACAGUAGGUAUGACGGUGCAUCGAACUUCGGCACAGCAGGCGGGCGCAGUAGGGAUAUUUGAUCGUAUACUCUCGGAACUGGUAGCGAAGAUGCGGGAGAUGAAAAUGGAUAGGACCGAACUCGGAUGUCUUAGAUCCAUCAUUCUCUUCAAUCCCGAUGUGCGAGGCCUCAAAUCCGUCCAAGAGGUCAACCUGCUGCGAGAGAAGAUCUAUGCCGCCCUGGAGGAAUAUACCCGCGUAUCCUGGCCGGAUGACCCCGGCAGGUUUGCUAAACUGCUGUUGCGCCUGCCAUCUAUUCGUUCAAUUGGUCUCAAGUGCCUGGACUACGUAUUCUUCUUCAAGUUAAUCGGCGAGGAUCAUAAUAUCCAUGAUAUUAUCCUGCAGAUGUUAAAAACAUCGUCGGAUCUCUAGGAGCAGGAGGUGUGCCAUUUCUUAGGGCACACCGAUUUGUAAAAUAAGGAAGACAAGAGGAAGAAGAAGAAGAAAAAGAAAAAGAAGGAGGAUAGGCCCCGCACUCGAGUCGAGUUUCGUAUUCGAAAUGCAACGAUUUCUGUACUGCGUUCACUAUGACACGGUGUAGAUUAUCCGCGCAUCGAGCGAGGUGGAAUUUACUUACUUCUCUUUACUCUCCCCUCUCUUCCCGCACUCUAUUAUUUAUGUUUUUGUUAGAACCUAGCGACUCUCGUGUCCAGCAUAAGGAGGCGGUCUUAUUGACCUUUUUGCACACGAAACAUCGACAAGCAUGCGAUGAUAUAUUCGCGUGUACAUAUAAAAGAAGAAUGACAAUGCGUGUGCGUGCGUAUACAUAUACAUAUAUUUUGUAAAAGCAAAGUACAUACAAAUUUCCACAGCCGUAAGUAUGAAACGUAAUUUAAAAACCGAUCUGAAUUUUAAAUUUCAGUAAUCUAGUAGGAAGCGAGAAAUAAUGAUAAAUUGAUUCGUAACAUAAAUUUCAACUAAUUCAACCAGUGAAAUUUUUGCACAUAGAUAAUUUGUAUUUAUUGGAUAGUUUAAUUUAGAUAAUUUAGAUAGCCGCAAACAAAAAGUUGAUUUGUGUAUAAUAUACACACACACACACAAAAUAUUUAUAAAAGAUUCGCUAAUUUUUCAGAUACGUCUUAUGCUUACAAGUAUAGAAAUUUGUGUGCUACAACUCUGACUUGUAUACGUGCCGUUAUAGCAUAAUCUGAAUAUUAUAAUAUUACAAAUAUAGCAUAUUCUAAACUUUGACGCCAGUGAUCAGUAAUUAGUUAAUUUAUUAAACUGAUUAUAUUUAAUUGUGAAGAUAUUAGCUAAUACGUGCAAGACAUUGACGUGAUUCAGAAAAAUUUAGUUCGAUAUUGGCUGGAUAAAGAUUAGUAGUUGUUUUGUCGGAAGCAAUGCGUGUGUGUACGGAAAGCUAUAAAUAGAAUUGUAUAAAUAUCGUUAACAACAAUCGCUGCCUCUUUAGUCUGUGACAUGUGUCGUGCCAUUAUCUGAGCGAAGAUUGUGUUUCACAUGAUAUUUCACGCCAACGAUCGAUCCUUCUUUCGGACAUCGCGUCUUCGUCGUACAGCAUCUUUUAUAAAAGUUCCUAAAAUAAAAAAAUUUUUUUUAUA